AUGUCAACAGCAGCUACAGUUCCAACUUCUCCAGAAAGUCCUCGUAGUAGAUCUAAUUCUAGGACAAGAGCUACUGCUAAGAAAAGGUGGUCAGCAGAAAGUGCUGUACCGUCCAAUAUUAAAAAGUUAUUAAUUCCAGAUCAUCCUAAUGCAAGGAUCAACUAUAUAUUAGCAUUUAUUCAAAUUGUAAGACUUUUAAAGACUCAAAAGAGAACUGGUUGGCUCGAUAGAGGUAUUCCACCUAGAAAAGUGGAAAGUAUUAGUGAUCAUAUGUAUAGAAUGUCGAUUAUUGCAAUGUUAAUUCCUAAUUCAAAUAUUGAUCUCAAUAAAUGUGUUAAAGUGGCAAUUGUGCAUGAUAUUGCCGAAUCCUUGGUUGGUGAUAUUACUCCAUUUGGUGGUGUUACUAAAGAAGAAAAACAUAGAAGAGAAUUAGAAUCCAUUAAUUAUUUAGCAUCAUUAAUUAAACCUUAUAAUCCUGAAUAUGCUGAAGAAAUUCUUGAAUUAUGGUUAGAUUAUGAAGAAAUAAGAACAACAGAAGCAAGAUAUGUUAAAGAUAUUGAUAAGUAUGAAAUGAUUCAACAAGCUUGGGAAUAUGAACAAGAAUUUGGUCUUCAAUAUGAUCUUGGUGAGUUUUAUGAUAGUAGAUCAGCCAUUGUUACUCCCGAAAUUGGCGAAUUAUGUGAUGAAGUCAUUGCUCAACGUAAAAUCUUGAUUCAAAAUUUGCAAUCUGCACAAGUUUAA